AUGGCAGGCUCCACGAGGAGCAAGAUACUCAAUACACUACAGCUCAGUAACGACUACACCAUAAAACCAGCAGGUCUCAGAUGGCGCAGCAACACCAUUUUCAUCGUGGCUACGGUGGCCAUUGGCCUUUUUACCGAUUUGUUUCUUUAUGGCCUGGUUGUUCCGAUACUACCAUUCAUGCUCCGUGACCGGGUCGGUCUGCCGGCAGAACAAGUCCAAAGCAAUGUCUCUGGCCUACUCGCUGCCUAUGCUGGAGCAUCGGUGAUAUGUUCACCACUUGCUGGACUACUGGCGGACCGUAUAUCUACUCGUCAAGCACCCUUCCUAUGGGGGCUGACUGCACUACUUGGGGCCACGAUUCUGCUUUUCUUCGGGAAUUCUGUAGCAGUGCUGGCAGUGGCGAGAGUCCUCCAGGGCAUUAGCGCUGCGUUCGUCUGGACCAUUGGAUUGGCAUUGGCUUUAGAGACUGUUGGACCAGAAAAUCUAGGAAAGACGAUAGGAUCGAUCUUCUCCUUCAUUAGCGUCGGCAACCUCUUCGCACCUCUGCUUGGUGGCGUACUGUAUGAGAAGGCUGGCUAUGUCGGCGUAUUCAGCAUCGGCUUCGGCAUCAUUGCUAUCGACUUUGCCAUGCGUCUGCUCGUCAUCGAGAAGAGAGUCGCCAAACGCUACGAGACGAACGAUCCCGAUGCCGGCGAUCGUGAGACCUCAGCCGACGACCAGCAAGACGCGACUCAUGAUGAAGAGAACGGUGACGAAGACAACGAAGAGCAACCUCUCCUCGGCGGUAAAGAGGAGGAUGAAGCAUCCUUCAAACUCUCCAACAACCAGCCAAAGCUCGCUCAGUACAUCCCGAUACUGCCUUGCCUAGCAAAUCCUCGACUUCUAACAGCCUUCCUCGUUGCUUUCGUCCAAGCCAUGCUACUUGGUAACUUCGAUGCUACCAUACCAACAGUAGCCGAAGAAUACUUCCAUGUCGACUCACUCAAAGCCGGACUACUUUUCAUGCCGCUUGGUGUGGCGGAUUUCAUCCUCGGACCAGUUUUCGGAUGGUGCGUGGAUCGCUUUGGUACCAAGCCGGUGGGCGUAUUUGCCUACACUUACCUCGUCCCAGCCUUGAUCGUGCUGCGCAUACCACAUCCUGGUGGUCAGCAGCAGAUGCUCCUCUAUGGCGGUCUACUUGCUCUGUGUGGUGUGGGCCUGGCUGGUAUUGGUGCACCGAGUAUCGUAGAGGCUGGAGCGAUCGUACAAAAGUACUACGAAGUCAACCCGGACUUCUUUGGCGACAAUGGACCAUAUGCUCAGCUGUAUGGACUUAAUUCUAUGGUGUUUAGCGCUGGUCUGACGUUGGGACCGGAACUGGCUGGUGAGCUGAAACAAUUCAUCGGAUAUGGUAACAUGAACUUGGUGCUUGCUGGCAUUUGUGCUGUCACUGCUAUACUCUGCUUCGUCUACAUUGGUGGAAAACCAAGAAUACUUAGCAGAAAGAGAUGA